GUUCCCGCAGAAGAAGCGGACAUUUAUGGAGUGGCUCACAUAUACGCCACGUUGGUGCCAUGCUUCCACGUGCAGACAGACCAGUCAGAGGAAGAUGAAGAUUCCCGCUCCUUGCAGAAGCGGAACGGCAGCGAUCGACAACGGCAGCGGAGGGCAUUUCGCAGCUCUGAACAUGAAAAGACCGAGGAGAAGCUCAAGAUACAAUUGGGUGAGACGGCUGUGCUACAGGAGAAAGCGGACAGAAUCGAGAAGAAAGCAGAUGACACAAGCUAUAUGAUGCAACAAGUUUACAAGAUAUUAAGCGGAAAGAAUGGGGUCAUAGCGGUCCUCGUGGUACUCUUCGCCAUCUCGGUUGCCAUCAAUUACUUCCGCUGAACCAUCCAACUAACCAUAGAUACCAUCAUGAAAUAAAACGGC